AUGAAUACAGCAUUAGAACAAAUCAAAACUUCAAUUUCCAAAGUAAACGAAUUGCGACAUUUAAAUUUUCUUAUAACUGAAACUUUUGAUUUGGCUGAAAAACAAUGUGAAGAAGCUGUUAAAAAUGGAAAACAACCUUUUGAAUUUGUUGUGAAGGAUAAUUAUGCGUUUGUUUUUUUUUUAAUUAUUAUUUUUAUUGGUUUGGGAAAUGGGUUGUGGCUCCAUAAUUGUAUAAAAUUUUUAAGAGGGGUGUUUAUGUACCUCAAGGGGCCCCAUUCCCGGGGUGUGCCCACUGGAUGGUGUACCCUUUUUUCCAUUUCGCCGGGAAAUGAGCUGGGUCCCAAAUUGUAUAAAAUUUCUAAGGGGGCGGGAUAUUGUUUGUGUUGCUGUACCUCAAGGGGCCCCCACCACCGGGAUGUGCCCAUCGGUGGUAUACUCCUUUUUCCUAUUUCGCCGGGGAAGGGCCAGUUUAAAAGUUUUUUUGAUGUAAGGAUGACUUGUGCUUCUAAAAUGCUCAAAGACUUUAUUGCUCCAUAUACAGCAACUUGUGUACAGCGACUUGUGGAUGGAGGUGGAUGUUUAAUUGGAAAAUCAAAUAUGGAUGAAUUUGCAAUGGGUUCAACAUGUACAAGUGGAUAUUUUGGACCUGUUAAACAUUCAAUUUAUGCAACUAAUCAAUCUUUUGAAGACGAAAAGGAAGGAGAUGAUGAUUUUUUAAUCGCUGGGGGUUCUUCUGGUGGUUGUGCUGUUGCUGUGGCUACGGGGGUUGCUAAAUGUGGCUUAGCGAGUGAUACAGGCGGUUCUGCACGUUAUCCAGCUGUUUUAAAUGGUGUUUAUGGUUUUAAACCUUCCUAUGGACAUUUAUCAAGGCAUGGUUUAGUUCCUUUAGCCAAUGCUUUGGAUACACCCUCAAUAAUGACAAAAUCGAUUUCUGACUGUAAACGAUAUUUUGAAUUAUUAAAAGGCCAAGACCCAAUGGAUAUUACUACAUUACCAGACAAUUUGCAUUCUCAAAGGGUUCAACCGAUGCCAAAAAAUUUGAAGGAACUUACAAUUGGAAUACCUAAAUAUGAAAGAACGGAUUUACUUUCAAAAGAUGCAGAAGAAAUAUAUCAAAAAAUAAUUAAUUUAUUAAUUUCUAAUGGUGUUGUAAUUAAACAAGUUUUACUUCCAAAUUUAGAAUAUGCUGUUAAUUGUUAUAGUGUUGUUGUGGAUGUUGAAAUUGCUUCGAAUAUGGCCAGAUUUGAUGGAAUACGUUAUGGAUAUUGUAUUAACAAAGAACAAUUAAUUAAUGACGAUUCAUUUAUUGCUUAUAUUAAAAGAAAUAGAAGUGACUCUUUGGGAACUGGAGUUAAAAGGCGGAUAUUUGCUGGAAAUUAUUAUUCUUUAAAUGAGUGA